AUAUUGAAAACUCAAGAGGAAGGAGGUUAGGUUUUCUUCCUUGAUAUACAAGAAACAUAAAGGGAAGAAUCAUGUGGCUACCAAAGUCAAACAAUGGAGGAAAGAAAGAAACAGGAAGUGGUUCAGUUGCAGUUGCAAUAGACAAAGACAAAGGAAGCCAACAUGCUCUUAGAUGGACAAUAGAGAAUCUUGCCUCUCGAGGCCAAACCAUUUCUCUGAUUCAUGUCCUCUCCAAAUCACAUUCUUCUUCAGAUAUUGAAGAUACACAACAAGGGGACAAAAUAGCGAAAGGUCUCUUUGUUUCCUUCCACUGUUAUUGUUCUCGCAAAGAGAUAAAUUGUCAAAACAUAUUACUUGAAGAUGCAGACAAAGUGAGAGCUAUUAUCGAACAUGUUUCAAAGUCAGGAAUCGAAAACUUAGUCGUUGGAGCCCCUUCGCGUAAUAGCUUCAUGAGACGAUUCAAAACGGAUUUGCCAACAACUGUGUCAAAAUCAGCUCCAGAUUUCUGCAAUGUUUAUGUAAUUUCAAAAGGCAAGAUUGCUUCAGUGAGAAAUGCAUCUCGUCCUGCUCCUUUUCAAAGUUCAAUGCAGCCCUCUGAAUAUGAAAAUCAACAGCCUGUUACUCCUGCAGAACAUAGCCACUCGGCAAGUAGUACGCCAUCUAGGCCACGUAAAUCAGUUGAAGCAGAUGCUACAAGGUAAGGAACAUAACUGAUGUCUUAUGGUUUCUUUAGUCUAAAUGAUUCAGAGACUUUUGUUCUGUUUUUUUUUUAAAUUUGUAGGUCACCUUUAGGGAGAAGACAAGUGAAACCAUAUGGGGAUUUAUAUGAUUCAGAUAGUGACCUUUCAUUCAUAAGCCCUUCUUCACAUAGAGACUCUCAUGACAUCUCGUUCAUCAGCUCAGGGAGACCUAGCGUUGACCGCUCUUCCUUCACACUUGACUUUCCUGAGUCUGGAAGAAGCUCAAGAAUCUCAACAAGCUCAGAGCAGAGCAUUGGGUCACAUCGCUUGGGAAUCAAGUUUAGUGAUCCUGGUUUCCCUAAUGAUUCGUCUACAACAUUCUCUGAAGAGAGUGGUACAACAUCUACAUAUUCAUCUCAAAGCGUGGAUGAUGUUGAAGCUGAAAUGAAGAGGCUGCGUCUAGAGCUAAAGCAAACCAUGGAUAUGUAUAGCACUGCCUGCAAAGAAGCUUUAAGUGCAAGACAACAGGCGAGUGCACUGCAAAAGCUGAGAACAGAAGAGGAAAGAAAGUUGGAAGAAGCAAAGAGUUCAGAGGAAGCAGCAAUGUCUAUAGUGGAGAAGGAGAGAGCUAAAGCCAAAGCAGCCUUGGAAGCUGCAGAAGCUGCAAAGAGAUUAGCAGAAGUGGAAUCUAAGAGAAGACAUACCGUGGAGAUGAAGGCAUUGAAGGAAUCAGAUUCCUUCUCUCAUGGAUUUGUUAGGUAUAGGAAGUACACAGUUGAAGAAAUAGAAGAAGCCACUUCAAACUUUGCAGAGUCACGAAAGGUUGGAGAGGGAGGCUAUGGUCCGGUGUUUAGAGGCUAUCUGGAUCACACAAGUGUUGCUGUUAAGGUUUUACGCCCUGAUGCAGCUCAAGGGAGAUCACAGUUUCAGAAAGAGGUUGAAGUGUUAAGCUGCAUAAGACAUCCAAACAUGGUGCUACUUCUCGGAGCUUGUCCAGAAUUUGGGAUUCUUGUAUACGAAUACAUGGCCAAAGGAAGCUUAGAAGACCGUCUCUUCAUGAGAGGCAACACCCCGCCGAUUACUUGGCAGCUACGUUUCAGAAUCGCUGCAGAGAUAGCCACAGGACUACUCUUCCUCCACCAGACCAAACCUGAACCAAUAGUCCACAGAGACCUCAAACCAGGGAACGUCCUCCUCGACUACAACUACGUGAGCAAGAUCAGCGAUGUAGGGCUAGCCAGACUAGUCCCUGCAGUAGCAGAGAACGUCACACAGUACAGAGUCACAUCAGCUGCAGGAACGUUCUGUUACAUCGAUCCUGAGUACCAACAGACAGGAAUGUUAGGCGUGAAAUCAGAUGUGUACUCUCUAGGGAUCAUGCUUCUUCAGAUCUUGACAGCGAAACAGCCGAUGGGUUUGGCUUACUACGUUGAGCAAGCGAUAGAAGAAGGGACACUAAAGGAUAUGCUUGAUCCAGCGGUACCGGACUGGCCUAUGGAGGAAGCUACGUGUUUAGCUAAGCUUGCGCUUCAAUGCGCAGAGUUGAGAAGAAAAGAUAGACCGGAUCUUGGGAAAGAGUUGUUGCCUGAGCUCAAUAGAUUAAGAGAUAUCGGUGAAGAGACUUUAGGGAGUGUGUUCUAUGCAGGUAGCCAAGGAAGGUCUCCGAACACUAGCCAAGUCUCCAUUACAUCAACUGUGAGUUUUCUUUUUGGUCUGGUCUGAUAA